AUGCGAGCUGCUGUAUUAAUUCAGCGGUGGUACCGUCGAUAUGUUGCCCGUAUGGAAAUGAGACGGAGAUGUACUUGGAAUAUUUUCCAGUCUGUUGAGUAUGCAGGGGAGCAAGACCAGAUCAAGUUGUACAAUUUCCUGGGCUACCUUGUGGAUAACUUCACACCAGCUAGCUGUGAAAGAAACCUGAUCUCCCACAUCUUCAGGGAAAAUGAAGUUUGUCGUGACAUGGAGUGGGAAAGGUACUUCUGCUACAAGACCAUUGAGGUGCCAGAAAUCUACUCAGGACCUCACCUUACCUUUCCUCUCACUGUAGCUCAAGCAGACUCCUUGGUGGAGGCCUUCAAAAACAAAAAAUAGCAGCUCCAUUCUCGAUAUGUUCUCCAACUUCUGCUAGAAGCGUGGAAAUUGUUGCGGACCCUGCCAAAUAUCAACCGGAUUUCUACCUGUAACAGCAAAGAGAUAACCAUAUGCGGUGAUUUACAUGGGCAACUGGAAGACCUGCUGUUAAUAUUUUAUAAGAAUGGCAUGCCGUCGAUGGAAAGGCCGUAUGUUUUCAACGGGGACUUUGUGGAUCGAGGGCCAGACUCCAUUGAGAUUCUUCUCAUCCUGUUUUCAUUCCUACUGGUGUAUCCCAAUGAUGUUCAUCUAAACAGAGGAAACCACGAGGACCACAUUGUUAACCUUAGGUAUGGCUUCACCAAGGAAGUGCUGGGGAAGUAUAAGCUUCAUGGGAAAAGAAUUCUAAAACUAAUACAAAAGAUCUUCAGCUGGUUGCCACUGGCAACAGUCAUUGACCAGAAAGUGCUGAUCCUGCACGGAGGGCUCUCUGACAGCACUGACCUCAGUAUUAUCUCCAGGGUUCACAGACACAGAUAUACUUCAGUACUGAGGCCUCCCAAGAAGAGGUGGCCGCAUUCUGACAGGCGAUUGUCUAUUGACUCUGAUCGAGAGGAAGACCUAUGGGCCCCCAAGGACAGGUGGAACUCCCCCACCUCAAACUACCCCUCACGGGACAGCUUCCAGCGACGCUCCCUCCAAGACUUCUCCGAUAGGCUAAAACGCUCACAAGAGGUAGACCUGGAGGAGCUGCACCGGAAAGCUAAAUUCACCCGCUCCUACACCGAUCUCCACCAGCUCCUCAGCUCUGACUCUGGCCCUUACUCUUUGGAGGAUGAUGAUGCCAACACUGACGAGUGGAAACAGAUUGUGGACAUUCUAUGGAGUGACCCCAUACCACACGAUGGCUGUAUCCCCAAUGAAGUGCGAGGUGGGGGCUGCUACUGGGGCCCGGACGUGACGGAUGAAGUGCUGAGCAGACACAACCUGCAGCUGCUCAUUCGAUCCCACGAAUGCAAGCAGGACGGCUAUGAGUUCUGCCACAAUCGCAAGGUUGUGACCAUUUUUUCUGCCUCCAACUACUAUGAGGUGGGCAGCAACAGAGGUGCCUAUAUCAGAAUUGGCCCUGACAUGGUGCCGCGUUUCAUUCCAUACCAAGCCAGCAGCAAGAUCCGUGGACUCAGCCUCAGGCAAAGUGUGGGACGCACAGAGCACUCUGCCCUCAGGGUCCUGCGAGAACAGCUGAUUGCACACAGGUCCGACCUCAUCAAAGAGUUCCAGGAGUAUGACCCUGAGAACAGAGGUGUCAUCUGCCCGAAUGACUGGGCCUUGGCUGUGGAGAAGGUCCUGCGGCUGAACCUGCCCUGGCGUGUGCUCCGGCCCCAGCUGGUGAGCUGCACACCUGAUGGCAUGCUGGAUUACCACACCUGGUUCUCCGACCCCUCCAUCAAAGAGCCUGAGAAUGAGCAUAUUGACCAAAAUUUGCUGGAGACCCUUUACAGACAUCGUUCUACCCUAGAAACCAUCUUCAGAAUAGUGGACACAGACAAUUCUGGCGUCAUCUCUUUUGAGGAUUUCCGUCAGACAUGGAAACUGCUCAGCUCUUUCCUUCAGAUGGAGAUCAGUGAGGAGGUUAUCUCCAACCUGGUGAUCAGUAUCGAUUCCAAUAACGAUGGGAGCAUUGAUAUCAAUGAGUUCAUGGAAUCCUUCCGUUUGGUGGACAUGAAUAGACUAGAAAGGGGGCGGAGCAUGUUCCUGAUCCCUCCGUCAGCUCUGCCUCAGGAAGAAUGCCAGUCCGAGGGAUCCACACCAACAGAAGAACCCCCAUCAGAGGAACCCCCAUCAGAGGAACCCCCAUCAGAGGAACCCCAAUCGGAGACAUGA